CCUCCACUCAGUUUUAAACCUGCACCGGGAGCUCAGACGGCAGACGGCUGCUGUUGCAGGAGCUGCUUCCUCCUGCAGUUCAACACACGUGUGUCUUUCUUCUCCGGUUUGAUCAGCAUGUGAUCAUUUCUAGAGAAAGUGAACUGUAUUUUUCUGGAAAUGUGGAGUUAAUCAUCAAACCAAGAUGUCCAAGAUCCUCUUCAGUUAGACCAGCUUCUCCCUCCCUCCCUGCACCAUGAACCUCCACGGCAGCUCAGUGGAGGAGCUCUACAGCGACAACGCCUCCCCUGUGUCUCUGAACUCCAGCGUUUUCUUCAGCGAGUCGACGGCGUCUUGCCUCAGAGACCCGCUCGACUUCUUCAUCAUCAACGUUGGAGGAAGUCGCUAUGUGUUGUCGCAAGAGCUGCUGGCGUCCUACCCGGAGACCCGGCUGGGGAAACUAGCCUGCUGCAGCAGGGACUCGGCACUGGAGCUCUGCGACGACGCCGACUUCCUGGAGAACGAGUUCUUCUUCGACCGAAACUCACAGACCUUCCAGUACGUGAUGAACUACUACCGGACGGGUCACCUGCACGUGAGGGAAGAGCUGUGUGAAAUCUCCUUCCUGCAGGAGAUCGAGUACUGGGGCAUCGACGAGCUCCGCAUCAACCCCUGCUGCCGUGAGCGUUACUUCCGCCGCAAGGAGCAGAAAGAGACCCUCGACGUACAGCGAGACUUUGAGCCCGAGGACGACGACGAGGACUUUGUGGGUGCCGCCUGCCCGACUCUCCGUCACCACCUGUGGGACUUCCUGGAGAAACCUGAAUCCUCACGCGCCGCUCGCACCUUUGGCUCGCUCUCAAUCUUCUUCGUGGUGUUGUCAGUCAUCAACAUGGUGCUCAUCUCUAUGGACUUAGGGGAAGAUUUUGGUGUUAGCGACAUUGGUAUCGACCCACCGCUGCUGUUCGAUGCCCUCGAGUACGUGUGCGUGGUGUGGUUCACCGGUGAGCUGGUGCUUCGGUUUCUCUGCGUAAGGGAUAAGUGCCGCUUCAGUCGAAGUAUUCCCAAUGUGAUCGACCUGCUGGCCAUCCUGCCGUUCUACGUGACGCUGGCGGUGGAGAGCCUCCACGGAGGCAGCACAGAGCUGGAGAACAUGGGCCGUGUGGUGCAGGUCCUCCGACUCCUGAGGUCGCUCCGUAUGUUGAAGCUGGGACGACACUCAACAGGUCUUAAGUCUCUGGGUAUAACCAUCGCUCAGUGCUACGAGGAGGUUGGCCUCCUGCUCCUCUUCCUCGGUGUCGGUAUCUCCAUCUUCGCCACCGUGGUCUUCACUCUGGAGUACGACCUUCCUGCCACCACCUUCACCAGCGUGCCGGCCGCCUGGUGGUGGGCAACCACCUCCAUGACCACGGUCGGCUACGGAGACAUCCGGCCCGACACCGCUGUGGGGAAGGUGCUGGCCUUCCUCUGCAUCCUAUCUGGGAUCCUGAUCCUGGCACUCCCCAUCGCCAUCAUCAACGAGCGUUUCUCCGCCUGCUACUUCACCCUGAAGAUGAAGGAGGCUGCGAUGCGGCACUGCGAGAUGCUGAAGAGGCUGGCCCGCGGCUCUGUGGGCGGGGCGAGCGUCGGCGGAGGCGUGAACCUGAGGGACGCCUACGCCCGGAGCGUCCUGGAGAUGUUGAGGCUGCACGGGCGAGAGAGGGUGAGCACCCGGAGCAGCGGAGGGGAGGAACUGUGGUGGUAGAACCAGGAGAGCGGUCGUCAACCAGGAACUGUGCGGUUACAAACACCAUCCGGAAUAAAGCCGCAACUUUUAGUCGAUUAGUUGAUAAGUAGAUUGAUAGAAAAUCAGUGGGGAGGUAUUGUGCUCAUAAACAGCUCUAUAUCCUUAGUCUGUGACUUCACUAGAGUAACUUUGCAUGAUUCACUCUUCAAAAACAUCCUUAUUUAUCUGAUACUAUCUUCAUGCAGCCCCUCAGUCCAUCCUCUAUCUGAAACACCUCCACUUCCUCCCACUGAACAAAAAUAUACCGGAAUAUCCGAAAACAUCGGCGUGAUAAGAACGACCCCAAAUUACAGAAACCAUCUUUGGGAAAGAAUUAUUUGACUUUUUUUAAUUUGUCCCAUCUAACAUGGAGGCUAUCCUGCAGCCAGCCACCAGAUAACUGUUAUGUUGUCCAUAUUUAUAUGUAUUGAUGGUCUGAAACAAGUCGUUUAAUUUACCCGUUUAGCUACAUUAGCAGAAAGUAAAGCUAUAUGUCCGUCAGUAAACUCCAGAAGUCACCGUGUUCAAAAAGCAUGUUUAUAGAGCACUCCUGACUGAGCGGUUAAAUUUAGAUGUGGAUGUACUGUGCCUCAAGCAGAGGAUCAAUUGACAGACAGGGGAGUUUCCAGACUUUUUGGAUUGGGGGGCACAAGUGGGGCCCUCAUUUAUGUAAGGGUGGCAUGAAGUAUGUGUCUCAGCUUUCCAGUCAUUCUCCAUUCAUGUAAUUCCAACACUGUUUAUGGACUGUGCAGAAAUAUUCAAAUACACUAGGUAAAAAAACUCUUUUAUACCACAUACCUAAAGUGUCUGCAAAGGGGAGACUCGUGGGCACCCUUAGAACCCAUUUUUAUUCAGAUAUCUUGAGGUCAAAGGUCAAUGGAUCCCUUUUAAAAUGGCCAUGCCAGUUUUUCUAUUGCUAAAAUUGAACCUAAACAAUAUUUAGUCUCCUUCCCAACAUGCUAGCAGGACACGGUUGAUACCAAUGGAUGCAUUAGGUCAUCCAGUUUAUAUGAUAGCAGUAUCUUAAAACACAGGCAGCUACAGCCUCUCAACUCAAACUGAUUAUCUUUGGAUAUUGGUCGGAGUAAACAGUGUGACGUUCGAUAUAAGCAUCCACAACAUCACGUUAAAGAUCUCAUUGUUUUCUGAUGUUUUAUAGACUGAUUAAAGAUAAAUAGCUCAGACUUUGGGUUUUGUACACUAGAAAUAAGAUGCAGGACUCAGAGCCAUCUGCUCUCAGAGGUCCUGCUCUGUGCUCAAAUGUAGGUCGACUCUCAGAAAGUUGAAAUAUUCAGAAGGAAAUCUGUGAAACGUUCCUGUCGUGUUUCCCUGUGGUUGUGUCUCAUCUGCUAUGGACUGAUAACGUGUAUUUUGACAGUAUCAUCUAUUUGAUUUUACUCAUUUAAGUGACUUUAAUUAGAUAAAUUCUGUUUUAAAAAGGUUUGGAGAAAUGCAGCAUAUGAGAGUAACUUCAAUUAAAUGAAUGGAAUUAGUACAAUUAACCUAAUUUUUUACUUACCUUAACAAUAAAUACUUGAGUUACUACUUACUUCGACUCAAAUAUCUUUCAUGUUUAAAUUGUCUGAGUGAAUAAACUUGAAGGCGAUCGGUUUGAGUUGAACGAACCCAUCAGAAAUGUGUUCUCGUUCCCACAGUGUUAUGUUUGAUGUCAGAGUUUGACACUCGGAGGAAAGUUACUCUGCGCUCAUCUGAGUUUAGGAUUGUAUUGUAAUUUGGUGCAAGCACUGAGACAUGUUUUCCAACACAACAACUCUCGAUUCAGUGGGGGAAAAAAACUAUUUCUGUGCUCCCAUCCAUACAAAACAUUAUCUCUGUGCACCACCUUGGAUAAAACCUUCUCCGAGAGCACACAUGCAUUAGUAAGUGUUGUAUAGAAGUCAGUAUAAAACCCUACAGGCUGUGUUUUUUUUUUUGUCACGCUACCUUGGUGCUUCUGCUCUCUCUCGUGUAGUUUCUGUUCUCACUCUGUGACUCAGUCAUGCAAUAAAGGACAUUCUCUGUGGGUCACAGUGGUCUUUUCAAAUAUCACAGUGAUGGCCCGAAGGCCUGAAUAAAAACACUGAGCUGCUGCCAGGAUGUUUUCUGCUUUCUAACAGUUUUGUUUUUAGAUUAGCUGCUGUGUCUAUCGGCUAGUUUGUUUAUUUCCCAAGGAAUUCAAAUUCAAAAGCUGAGCCUGUUGUUGUGUCACUGGUUGGCUUGUUUUUGUCACUCAGGAGGACGUUGUCGUACAGUUGCUCCAGGAUUUCACAGAACCUUUUAGGCAUGUUUUACAAAGAAAUUACAGGAAAAAAAAGGUGGAAAUUGCAAAAAAUUGUUGCGUGUUUAAUUGUGAUUUAAAAACAUUAAACAUUUUUAUAAAAAAUCUAAAGCUGGGAUGCACGAUAGACUUAUUGAAUUACCUUAGAAUGAGCCGUUUUUAUCAUGUUUCCGCCAUGUUUAACCGAAUGUUUCUACAGUAGCCCAGAGCGAACAAACCCUGCAGAUAGAGUUGGAGUUUUGUGGCCACCGUAGUUUCUUCUCCCCGUUCUCACUCCCAGGAUGCCAGCAGUGUUCACUUAGUUGCAAUCUGUAACUUCACCACUAGGUGCCACUAAAUCCUACACACUGUCCUUUAAAAGGGAAACUACAUGUAUAUAUGUAUAAACUAGAUAACAACCUUCUCCUGUUUCCUCAUGUUGUUGUGUCUAAGAGACAACAGUUUUUGAAAUGAGUCCAGUUUUGAGCGAGAACGAACGCUGCAACGUAAUCCUUCAAGCCAAUUGUGCAACGUAUGUCCACUGAGAUGUUCGGUUGCUUUCAGAACGUAAGACAAUCAGCAAACUGUCAGCUGUAUGUGUGUCAGCGGAGGUGAGACAGUCUCUCCUGUUUUAAGCCUCGUUUGCAUCCAUUUGUUUCACAGUUUGAACAGACACCUCUCGUGUCGGCUUCAGGAGUCGUCUGAGGAGAAAAGGUUGCAAAGAAAUCAGUGACAGCGUCCAGCCGGCGGCAUUUCAUUAGUGUGUGUGUGUGUGUGUGUGUGUGUGUGUGUGUCAGUAAUUAUAUAACACAACCUUUACACACACACGUUGUAAGCCCUGACACGUUCGCUCCUUCUCUGCCUUGCACUGAAUGCAUCAUCUUUUUAUUUUACACUUUUAUUUCAGGCGUUCAGCUGAUUCUCGCAGGUAUCUGAGAAACUGUUGUAAAAGAAGCAGCUGUUCAUUGUUUUAAAUAAAGAAAUGCUAAAAAAUAAGAA